AUGUAUUGUCAAACCUUUAACAAGUUGCUGGACGCCUCCCACUGGAUCUGCCGUCACUGCGGUGAGCAAACCCCGUUCCCUACACCGGACAGCGAAACUCUCGACUCCCGCAAGCCGACUCCGUCGAGACCGCUCGGCACCCUUCGCUGCCAAGCGUGCGACCGCGCCCUUUGCCUCGACUGCAAGAUAGAUUCUUGGGCUAUCUGCAAGGUGAAGUUCGGUACUUACUCCGUGGUAAAUGGUCGCCCUGACCUCGUUACACAUGGCUUCGUGUGCCACAGGUGUGGUCGGUCUAACAAAGGGCGCGAAGGCCCCAAGAGUCUAAUAGCUUUCGAGCCGUGCGAGUGCGGGCACAAGAACUUGCGAUGCGCCAGUUGCAUUGUCUUCUGCUUGGACUGGCAGCGGUGUUUAAACCCGGCUGUCCCAGGUGAAGCGGCGUUGAUACGCAUGAGGCUGUCCCAGCAGUUGGAAAAUGGAAACUAA